GCUUGUAAUUUCAAUCAUUUGUCGCGUAUGUUUUAGUGUGCACUUGUGCAGCGUAGAAGAACGGUAUGGCUGAAAAUAACAACAAACCUCUACCGCAGGCGACAAUAUCAGAGGAAAUGUUGGCGCGGAAGCCCAGACAGCCGACGGCUGCCGAAUGCUGCGGAGACGGCUGCGCCGUGUGUGUCUACGACAUUUACGCACAGGAACUGACUAUCUGGGAAAACGAGUGCAAGAGAGAACUGCAGUACGGAUAUGGAAGGCGUGAAUUGCAACAGGGUUCAGUCAUAAGCCCUGACCACUACAAAUUAUUCGUGCUUCAGAAGAUCAGGAAAAUGACUGAAUGCUGCUCGAAAUACACCUUUGCAAUCAAUGACUUCGGAAGCAUUGGAUACGGCAUUGGACAGCAUCUUAUAAUGAGAGCUUCUGUCGAUGGUGAAAUCGUGACGCGUCAGUACACUCCUGUUUCACUUCCAAGUGCCCUUGGCUUCUUUGAAGUAAUCAUCAAGGUCUAUCCCACAGGAAAGAUGUCGAAGUACAUCAGGACACUGAAGGAAGGAUGUUCUGUGGAGUGGAGAGGUCCACUGGGAAGGCUAGACUACAAGCCUAACAUGCACAAGCACAUGCUGAUGCUGGCUGCUGGCACUGGCAUUGCCCCCAUGGUGCAAGUGUUGCGGCACAUUACAAGUAUGGACGACGACUACACCAUGGUUCACUUGCUUUUUGGGAUGGCAAAGUACAGGGACAUAUACUUGAAGGAUGAGCUGGAUGAACUGAAACGCUUCUGGAAUGUCAGCAUUUUGUACUGUCUCAGUGAUGAAGCAAAGGUUCAAGAUAUAAAGUAUGGAGAUGAAGUUCACUGUGGAGAAAUCGAUGAAGAGCUUCUUGAAGCGGAGCUAACAAAACGCUCUAUACCUCAUGUGCUUUUGUGUGGACCAAGUGCAUUCAACAACAGAUUUGUUAAGUACCUUAAGAGCAGGACAGACCCUGUGACGUGGCACGUUUUCUAAGGACAGCAGAUUUCAUAGUGAGAUGAUAUGACAAAUAAAAAAAAUAAACUUUGUUUACAGAUUUGUGAGUGCUUA